AUGUCCCUGAGUGAUGUUGACGUGCAGAAGCAGAUUAAGCACAUGAUGGCUUUCAUUGAGCAGGAAGCCAAUGAAAAAGCAGAGGAAAUAGAUGCCAAAGCUGAGGAAGAAUUUAACAUUGAAAAAGGACGCCUUGUGCAAACCCAGCGACUGAAGAUUAUGGAAUAUUAUGAGAAGAAGGAGAAGCAGAUAGAGCAGCAGAAGAAAAUCCAAGUGUCCACCAUGAGGAAUCAGGCAAGGCUGCAAGUCCUGAGAGCCCGAAAUGAUCUCAUCUCAAAAUUGCUCAACGAUGCAAAGCUGAGGCUCAGCAGGAUUGUGGAGGACCCAGACAUCUACCAGGGGCUGCUGGAUAAACUCGUUCUCCAGGCUCUGUUCCGACUGCUGGAGCCUGUGAUGGUUGUGCGCUGCAGGCCACAGGACCUCCUCCUGGUAGAGGCUGCAGUGGAAAGAGCCGUCUCUGAAUACGUGAUGGUUUCUCAAAAACAGGUGGAGAUCCAUAUUGAUCAAGAAGCACACCUGCCUAUGAACUCAGCUGGUGGUGUGGAGGUCUACAGCAUCAAUCAGAAAAUAAAGGUUUCCAAUACUCUGGAAAGUCGACUAGAUCUCUUAGCUGAGCAAAAGAUGCCAGAAAUACGAACAGCCUUGUUUGGAGCUAAUGCCAACAGAAAGUUUUUUAUAUAA